AUGGCGACUUCGUAUGAUUUUUCGGGGAAAAACAUCGUGAUUACCGGCGCCGCAAGUGGGAUUGGGCUGGCAACUGCCAAAGCAUUAUCCGCCAGCAAUGCACGACUGGCGCUGUGCGAUCUUAACGUGAAGGGAUUGGAAUCCUUCAAUCUCGCCGAAGGCAAACACCUUGUCUUCAAACUAGACGUGACAUUAUCCACCGAUGUAACAAACACUGUCGAGUCAAUUGCUCGAGAAUUUGGGACAGUGAGCCAUCUGUUUAAUUGUGCAGGUGUGAACCCGACAGCAUACCCAUUGACCGAAACAACGGACGAAUACUGGCAUCAAAUCGUAGACACGAAUGUCAAGGGGACUUACCUGAUGACUCGAGCCAUGAUUCCUCAUCUGAAAACUGGGUCAUCAAUUGUCAAUGUUUCGUCUAUUGCUGGAUCCCGUGCCAUGGCUGGAUGGGCAAUAUACAAUGCCUCCAAGUUUGGCAUCGUUGGAUUUUCAAAGUCCAUGGCGCUGGAGUUGGGCCCGAAGCAAAUUCGGGUUAACGUAGUGGCACCUGGGCAUAUUCAUACACCGACGAAUAUUGCAGUGAAGCAGGGUGAUGAUGCUGUUAAAGCUGUUGGGGAGCAGGCGAGUGCGAUGGGGAGGAUUGGGACUAUGAAUGAGGUGGUUAGUGUGGUGUUGUUCUUGAUGAGUGAUGCCGCAAGCUAUGUCAAUGGGAGUGUGGUGGAUGUUGAUGGUGGAGCGAAGUGA